AAAAAUGACAAGGAGGUUGAGGUUCAGGCAUUUGAUUAUUGGUCAUUAGAUACCAAGCAAGAUGCUUGGUUUACCGUUUCUUCUUUCGAUGUAGUCUUUGAAACUCUAAACCCGAAACCUGAAUGGAUCAAAGUCUUUUCGGACAACGGAGAACAUUACUACAGCUCUGAA